GGCGGGAUUUCGAUCUGAAAACGGAAGUAAACAAAACCCGUAAAAAAUAUUUUUCAUAACCCCGUUAACUGUGAUACAAUUGAUGAGUGAAACGUGCGGCAGCAGCAUUUGUGAAGUUAUUGUCAACGUUGUAAUCCACAUUCUUAGCAACGUAACGAACAACGUUAACCGGCAGAGAGGACGACGUCAUGUCUGAAUAACGUUCACGUUAGUCGUAGCACCCGGAAGGAUAACGUGGUCUUUAUUUAUUUACUUGCAACGUUAACCUCAAUCAAACAAGGCACCACCACUCUUUUGUGAUGGACCCAUCUGACAAUGUGGGGAACCUCCACCACAUGGUGGAGGCUGUGGCACCGAGUUAUGGUCCAGCUCCUGACAGCUCCACCGGACAGAAAGAUGCCCCGCCUGCAGAUAUGCUGAGAAUAAAACAACAGAUGUCCAACCAGUGCUUUGAGAUGGCAGUACAGCUACAAGCAGGGAAAAGUAAGAGAUCAUGCAGCACAUCUGAAGCUGGGAGAGAAUUGUCAGAAUAUGUUAAUGAACUGGACAGAGUCAAGACGAUUCAUUUUAACAGCACGUUGACACUGCACAGAAUGCAGAUGUGGCACGCUAUUGGAGAAAAACUGAAACGGAAUGAUUCAGAGGCACUUGCCCUGAAAGCUGAGAGUAAUCGCUGCAUGGAUCUAUGUUCACGAAUAAAACAACUUCAGCAAGAGUCAAGAGUUUUUCAAGAUGAAAUCACAGAAAUACAGAAGCGGCGUCUCGAGAUGAAGCGGCUCACGCAUGAGAAAAUGAAAGAGAUGGAUGAGUUGACGUCUAAGGCAGGCCACCCAGAUACAGAGAAGUACAAAGCUGUGUUGGAGAGAGGCCAGGCGAACCUUGAGAAAUACAAAAAGAUGACCGUCAUGACACAGAACGUGCUCAGGGGCAUCCUCUUGGCCUGUAAAGUCAACUGGCUGGACGAUCCCAAACUUCGAGACAUCGCCAUGACGCUGGAGGAAUUUUCCAUUUCUGAUUAGAGAAUAAAUCUAUUUACUGUAUAUGUGUCUGUAUUAUAUUGUCCAAUAACUAAUCAAUAAAACUGCUAAAACCA